CCCCCUUUAAUUAAAGGAAAAAAAGAAAAGAAAAAAAAAAAGUUUCGUGCGAACAAGUUUGUAACCACGAUUCAGUCAAAUUAAUGGCGGUCGUGGCCUUUACGUCUGUCAAUACAAAAACAAAAACUCGCUCUACCUGAAUUUCAUAAAAUUGUGCGAAAACCCUAAUUCCCUUAACUCUGUGAAAUUGGUGAUGGGGAACGUUAACUGUGUAUUCUGCGGAUGCAUUGAACAAGCGAGCGUCGGUGUGGUUGAAAAAUGGGGACGUUUUGACAGGUUAGCUGAACCAGGCCUCAAUUUCUGGAAUCCUUUAGCUGGGGAAUGCCUCACUGGAACUCUAUCCACUAGGAUCAAUUCUCUCGAUGUCAAAAUUGAGACCAAAACCAAGGACAAUGUGUUUGUUCAAUUGCUGUGCUCGAUCCAAUAUAGAGUGAUCAGGCAAAAUGCGGAUGAUGCUUUCUAUGAGUUGCAAAAUCCAACGGAGCAGAUUCAGGCUUAUGUAUUUGAUGGUAAUCUAUCUUUUUUUGUUCGAGCCCAUGUCCCCAAAAUGAAUUUGGAUGAGCUUUUUGAGCAAAAGGAUGAAGUUGCUAAGGCUGUCUUGGAGGAACUUGAGAAGGUGAUGGGUGCAUAUGGAUAUAAUAUUGAGCACAUACUGAUGGUUGACAUUAUUCCUGAUGCUUCUGUGAGAAGAGCAAUGAAUGAGAUAAAUGCAGCUCAAAGGAUGCAGCUUGCUAGUGUAUACAAAGGAGAAGCAGAUAAGAUUCUCCAAGUUAAGAAAGCAGAAGCUGAGGCUGAAGCCAAGUAUUUAGGUGGAGUUGGGGUUGCCAGGCAGAGGCAGGCAAUUACGGAUGGUUUGAGAGAGAACAUCUUGAACUUCUCACAUAAAGUAGAAGGGACCUCCGCUAAAGAAGUGAUGGAUCUUAUAAUGAUCACCCAAUAUUUUGACACCAUCAAAGACCUUGGUAACUCUUCAAAGAACACUACUGUUUUCAUACCACAUGGUCCUGGUCAUGUUCGCGACAUUGGUGAUCAGAUACGCAACGGCCUGAUGGAGGCAGCUAGUGCACAGGUCACUGAAUAGGUCUGCUGGUUUGGAAAAUAUAUCGUGGGAAGCAUCUCCCCAGCUGUUUGGAUAGUAGCAAUUGGACUUUGAAAGUUUUGGCUUGGAUUGCUUUUGUUUUUCUCUUUAGCCAUGAGCAUUGGCAAUGUUGUUUGAUGUUGUAUAGCAAAAAUAAAGUAAAGAAGUUUUAACUAGUGUAUAUGCACUUUCAGGCGCUAUAGUGACUACAUCUGUUAAGUGGAUGGAUUUCUAACAAUAUGUUGAUAGAUGUAUCGACCGUUUGUGUAUUUGGACUGGAUAUUAGAAUCUGUAUUUGUUUCUGGAAAA